AUGCCAGGGAUAGCGGAGAGAAAUUAUAGUUAUAGGGAUAACAAUAUUACCAAUUAUCAGAAUCCAUCGGUGGGGAAUGGGACGAUGUCGUUUCACGCCUCCAAUGGAUCUCUCAUUUCAAGUGGCAACGGGAAUGGGUUCUGGUCGAAGCAUCGUGAUGAUAUCAGCUACAAUCAGCUCCAGAAGUUUUGGAGUGAGCUGACGCCACUAGCUCGACAGGAGCUCCUAAGGAUCGACAAGCAGACACUCUUUGAGCAAGCUCGUAAGAACAUGUACUGCUCUAGAUGUAAUGGGUUGCUGCUUGAAGGUUUCUUGCAGAUUGUCAUGUACGGAAAGUCUCUACUGCAGCAGGAGGAAACAGGUGGCCAUUACAGUGUAAGAACCACAAAACAUCAAAAUGAUGGUGACUUGGGUAUGACAAAUAGGAGCCAAGAUGAUGUUCAAGAUCCAUCUGUCUAUCCAUGGGGAGGUCUAACCACUACCAGGGAUGGGACACUCACACUUUUGGAUUGUUAUCUUUAUUCAAAAUCUUUGAAGGGACUCCAAAAUGUGUUUGAUAGUGCGCGAGCAAGGGAGAGGGAACGUGAGUUGCUUUAUCCUGAUGCAUGUGGAGGAGGUGGUCGAGGAUGGUUAAGCCAAGGAAUGGCAGGCUAUAGCAGAGGGCAUGGAACAAGAGAAACAUGUGCUCUUCAUACUGCCAGAUUAUCUGUCGACACAUUGGUAGAUUUCUGGUCGGCACUUGGCGAAGAGACUCAUCAAUCUCUUCUAAGAAUGAAGGAAGAGGAUUUCAUGGAAAGGCUCAUGUACAGGUUUGAUAGCAAGAGGUUUUGUAGAGAUUGCAGAAGAAAUGUUAUACGCGAGUUCAAAGAGCUCAAGGAGCUAAAACGCGUGCGAAGGCAACCACGUUGCUCAAGUUGGUUUUGCGUAGCAGAUACAACCUUCCAGUAUGAGGUCUCUCAUGAUACAGUUCAAGCGGAUUGGGACCAAACAUUUUUAGACACAUUUGGGACUUAUCAUCACUUUGAAUGGGCUGUAGGAUCUGGGGAAGGAAAAUCUGAUAUCUUGGAAUUUGAAAAUGUUGGCUUAAGCAAAAGAGUUCAAGUGAACGGUCUAGAUCUUAGUGGUUUGAAUGCUUGCUACAUCACUCUACGGGCUUGGAAAAUAGACGGGCGCUGCACUGAACUUUCUGCGAAAGCCCAUGCUUUGAGGGGGCAACAAUGUGUACAUAGCAGGCUUGUGGUUGGUGAUGGUUUUGUUACGAUCACCAGAGGGGAAAGCAUCAAAAGGUUCUUUGAACAUGCUGAGGAGGCUGAAGAAGAAGAGGAUGAUGAUUCUGUGGACAAGGAUGGAAACGAGCUUGAUGGGGAAUGCUCCCGUCCCCAGAAACACGCGAAGAGUCCUGAGCUUGCUCGAGAAUUUCUUCUAGACGCAGCAACUAUAAUUUUCAAGGAACAGGCACAAAAGGCUUUUAGGGAAGGAACUGCGCGGCAAAAUGCACACAGCACUUUUGUAUGUCUUGCUAUAAAAUUGCUUAAUGAUCGUGUACACGUUGCAUGCAAGGAAAUUAUUACUUUAGAAAAGCAGAUGAAACUUCUUGAAGAAGAAGAAAAGGAAAAGCGUGAGGAAGAAGAACGCAAGGAACGCAGGAGAACAAAGGAAAGGGAAAAAAAGCUUCGAAGAAAAGAAAGAUUAAGAGAGAAGGAAAACAGGGAGAAAAAAAUUGCUGAAUUAAACCAAGAUUCCGUGGUCUCAGAUGUUACAAAGGAGGAAUCAUCACUCAAUCUUGACAUUGAUGAAAACGUCACUAGCAACAGAAACUCUCUUGGUGAAAUAGGUGAAGCUGUCCCAUCCAGUCCUUUAUCCCCUGACAUUCAAGAUAACCAACUUUUGGACCAGUAUAUUUAUUCAGAUAUGCAAAACUACAAUGAAGACAGUCCUGAUGGGGAAUAUGUCGAUGUAAAAGAUUGGAACAGUUCAAUCCCAUAUGAUCACUUCAAAUAUUCUCGUAGGAAGCCAAAGUUUUGGAAAGAUUUCCAACACGAUUUAAACUUGAAAUGGUCUGAUAGGAGAAAAGCUGCUGUUCUGUUAGAGAGUGGAGGUAUGAUUAGCAAAUAUGAAUCAAGAUAUCAGGGUGAUAAUUUUAAAUCUUCAAGGAGCAUAAAUGGCUUCUCUAAGCAAUUGAGAAAUAAUGCUGCAAAGUCCAACACUAGAAAUAGUGGCUCCAAAUUCAGUGAGAAGUUCCAGUGUACUAACAAUAGGGUAAGUGACAGAUAUGACUCCCAUGCUUGCAGCUGUAACUAUCAUUAUGAUUACAGAGCAAGGGCAGAGAGAGCAGGCAGUGAGCCUAAAUACGUUAACAAGUCGGAGUCAGCAUCAGAUAUAUCAAAACCAUACUACCGUGGGAACAAGUACAAUCAAAUUGUGUGCACACGUGAGAUAAACGAACGAACUAAAAGCAAAAUUAUUGCUGGAAACAUUGCAUCUAAUACCAGGAAAGUUUGGGAACCAAUGGAUUCGAACAAGAAAUACAUCCGAAGCAACUCAGAUACCGAUGUUACUUUGAGAUCUAAUCUGAAGGUUGAAGCUAGUGAAUCUGAUCAGCUUCCUGGAUCAUCAGGUGCCACUAGUUCUGAUGAGUUGACAGAUAUUUCAGUUCAAGUCAAUCUCGAGGAUAAUCAUGUACAAAAAUUAACAAAGCCGAGUAUUGAAACUAUUAGAAACGGACAAAAUGGAUUACAUGAAAUGGAAGAGUCCCCACAAUACUCAGAGAAGGUAGCAGAUGAACACGGCAAAUUAUGUCCUAUGACGAGAUCCUUGCAUGGGACACUAGAUUCGUCAAUGAGCAGCUGUUCUAACUCAGAUAACUGCUCCUUUUGCCUCAAUGAGGGAGACAGCAAUUCAUCUUCAAACCCCCAAAAUUUGGAAUUAUCAUCCAACUCGGAUUCAGAAGAUACCAGCCAAAAUUCAGAGGGAAGAGAAACUUCGCAUUGCCUUGAAAAUCGCUUCACUGAGUGUCGUGGAGUUGUGCUGGAGAGUUUGCAGAGCACAGAUAGGGGGGAAGAUGUUAGAAACUGGACACAUUGUGCAGGAACCAACUCCGUGGAAAAUUUGCCUACAAAAGCAGCUCCAGAAUGUGAUAUUGGGAGAGCAAAUAUCAGUGUAGGUGACCAACCACAAAGUUUGCUUCCAUCAUUUCAGAACCAAAGCAUGCACUUUCCAAUGUUCCAAGCUGCUACAAUGGGCUACUACCAACAGCGUCCAGUGUCUUGGUCUGCAAGUUCUGCGAAUGGAUUGAUGCCCUUCCCCCACCCCAGCCACUAUUUAUUUGCUAGCCCUUUGGGGUAUGGUCUGAAUGGAAACACGCAAUACAUGCAGUAUGGGCCCUUACAACAUCUGUGCCCUCCAGUGCUUAACCCUGCUCAUCUGCCCGUUUUCCAUCCAGUUGCCCAAGUUAGUGGCAUUUGUUCAAAUGAGCUUCCCAAGAUUUCCAAUCUAGGUGGACUCAAAUCACAAAACAAAUCUGAUUUGCAGAAGGCUACCCCAACUGUGCAAGAUCAGAUAGAAGCACCAACAGCUGUGGAAACUGAGCAACAUGGGAAGUCUGACAAACCUGACAUGGAGAAUACAGGUUUCUCUCUUUUCCAUUAUGGCGGCCCUGUAGCUCUUUCAACAGGAUUUCAAUCAGAUCCUGCCUGUUUGAAAGAAGGGAUUACGGGGGAUAUUUCUCCAAAUUUAUCAGCAGACAACCCUGAGAGCGAUCAUGCCUGCAACAAGAAAGAUUCCAUUGAAGAAUACAACUUGUUUGCGGCUAGUAAUGGGAUAAAAUUUUCUUUCCUCUGA